AUGGAUCGUUACUAUGCAAGCCGGCAGACUGCCCGCAAACCCUUUGCCGAUAUGGCCUCCCGAUCAAACGCAAGCACCCCUACCCCAACGCCAUCUUCACAACGAGCUGCUCUCAAACCUACUGCGGUGUCGCCUCUGGUGACGUCACCUGCACAGCCCGCUUCAAUCCCCCAUAAUGAGUCUCUCAUUCCCACGACGAAAGGAACUCUCAAGAUCCGCAACCCGGACGCUGAACGGAAAAUCCCUCCACGAUCGCCGGGUCACCGACGGGUGGCUGAGCUCGCCGCAUCUGAGACGCAAAGCAAGCGAGACUCUGCUUGCUCGACAGUUUCCAAUAGCAGUGUUGUGAGCAAACGCAAAUCGCACAUUGGUCCAUGGCAACUUGGAAAGACCAUCGGUCGUGGUGGCUGCUCACAGGUACGUGCUGUCAGGCAUUCCGUGACGGGUCAAUAUGGUGCCGCAAAGAUCAUCGAGAAGGCCGUUGCGGAGACAGUCCGAGCCAUCAGUCUUGCGAACCUGAUCCAAUCGACCAAGGCUGAAGACCUCUAUCCAGAAGGUCGUGCAAUCCCAUUCGGCUUGGAGCGAGAGAUCGUCAUCAUGAAGCUCCUAGAUCACAAGAACAUUGUUCGUCUGUUUGAUGUGUGGGAAAACCGCAAUGAAAUAUACCUAGUCAUGGAAUACGUUGAGGGGGGUGAACUAUUCAACUACAUCUCUGACCGCAGGGGUCUCGACGAGGACGAGGCGGUCUAUCUCUUUCGCCAAAUCAUCGCAGCGCUCCUGUACUGCCAUCGAAUCAACAUCCAUCAUCGAGACCUCAAGCCGGAGAAUAUUCUGUUGGACAAGAACACGCACCAGAUCAAGCUCGUCGACUUCGGGAUGGCGGCUCUGCAACCUAUCGGCAAACACCUCAGCACCCCGUGCGGCAGCCCCCAUUAUGCUGCACCCGAAGUUAUCCGUUCGAAAAGUUAUGAUGGCGGCCAAGCUGAUGUAUGGAGCUGCGGAGUUAUUCUUUUCGUCAUGCUUGCCGGAUACCCACCUUUCCAGUACUCUGGCGACGAGAGAGACUUGAAGGAGCUAUUUCGACAGAUCGUCCAUGCCGAGUACACCAUGCCUGAUUCCUUUGGCCCAGAAGCCGCUGAUCUCAUCAGCCGCAUACUGGUCCCAGAUCCAGCUAAACGGAUUCGCAUGGAAGAUAUCUGGGAUCAUCCUCUGUUACACAAGUACGAUGAUUUCCUUGGACUGAGUGAACAGGACACUAGCAUGGCAAAGUGGGUAGGCCCAAACCCUCAUCUCGACGAUUGGGAACCACUCGAACGGCAAGAAAUCGAUAGGGAGAUACUGCGUAACAUGCGUGUCCUAUGGCAUUCCGAGAAGGAGGAGACUCUCAUCAAUCAAUUGCUGAACGACGAUCUGAAUCAUGAGAAAUUCUUCUAUGGCGCACUCAUGAAGCAUCGAAUUCAGCAUUUGGAAGACUACUCUGGGUUUCCAGGCGCCAUUGAAUACUCGAACAGUGACUAUCAUCACGAACGGACCCCUGAUUUGGAAGACCCGCCACCACUUCCAUCAAUGCAGCAUUCACAGUCCGCUUACUCCAUCAUGAAUAACGAACAUCUGACCCCCAAGCACUCUUUCUACGAGAUUCCUGCGUCCGAGAAGAGCUAUGAUCCGUUUCGAUCGUCGAGAGAUCACAUCGUGACUAGAAAGGACACGAAUGGGCGCCGUAGCAGUCUGUCUGCAAACGGUAAACCCAAAGCUGUUAUCAACGGCUCUAACACACUUCGAGUACAGACAUUGCGCCGCACUUCCAAGCGCCAAAGUUCGGGAGGAAGUGUCGGUGCCACAAGUCCUCCAUCCAAGCGCAACUCCGUGGCUCGCAAAUCUGUUGCUUCAAGUUGGCGUACGUAUUCGAAGGCUUCCAUCACCAGUUCCGUAUAUCCCAGUAGUCCACCGGUCUUCAUCAAGCCCCGUGUUAGCUACAAGAAAGGCGUGAGUUUUGCUCAUCUCCGGCGCCCAGCGACAAAUGCGGAUGCUUGGAUGUCAGAUACCACCCAGGACACUGAUGAUCAACAAGGGCUUCUGCAACCUCUGCGGUCUCACAAGCCAGACACCAAACUACAGAAGAUUGCGGCUCGACCAAGUGAAGAGGUCACAUCUCGGAAGCUGCCAAUAACACCCGCGCCCAGUCAAGCUCGGAGCAUCAGAUACAGGAAGCCGCCGCCGACUCCUCAUCACUACAUAAAUCAGGAUGUCCGGAAAGUCAGCACAGAAUUGGAGCAACUAUGCAAUGAGGCAUUCAAGAACUCCUCAGAAGAGUUUAGCAUGGUAGAGUCUUUGAACGACAAGCCCGGCGCGUACGAUACGCCUCCCACUUCCAUCUCUAAGCUCGGUUCUUCAGCCCAUAAAGCGGGGGCUCCUCUUCAUACCGAUGCUUUCCAACAUAGGCCUCUUCCGCCGCUGCCAGACGAGACACCGAAGACAUUCAUUGCACGAGAACUUGCAGAAACCCGCGCGAGGUUGAUGAAGCGUUAUCAGUCUGAAGGUGAGACUACGAACAAUUUCAACGAGGCUCUCAAGCACCUCGAUGAGCUUCUCAAGCCAUCUGAUGGCGGUGUCAAGCGUGCCGUAUCUGCUCCCUCGGGCAGUGACUACCUCAGCAAUCUUCCUGCCAUCUCAGAGGAAGAUCACGUGAAAGAACUCCGCGAUGGGCACAGGUCUGUCACAGAUCCUGUUCAUAGCAAGCUUCACUGCAACAAUCGCAAAGUUUCUGAUAUCAAUAGGACAAUCCGCGUCGUAGAUCCGUCUAGUCCGACACCGAUUGCUCCGCUCAAUGUCAGAAAGGUCAGCGGUGCAAGUGCCAAAUCAUCGGACUCUGAUGCGAGAAAGGGGCAGCAUCUGACCGUGCCACAGAUACGGCAAGGGAGUAUGGGGCCAGGCACAGAACAUGAUGAUACCCCUUCAUCGACCAAUGCUCCAGGCGAAAAUGGCCUGAAGAAGAAACGCAGUUGGCUUUUUCGACUUGGUCAAAGAGAUAAGGACAAGGACUAUAUUGAGAAAGAAGAAGUUCGACAAGAGAUUCCGAAAGCAUGGCAAGGCCUAGAUGAUCGCAUCAAAACUUCAGCUCCACCAUCGUCACCAUUGCCGUAUAAGACUGGACCCACCAAACUCGUAAAGGCCCAUAGAGCAGCUGAUGUCAGCAGUCAUCAAAGUAGCGAGUUUCCAAUGCGUCAAGGACAAGCUCCUCGCAAAGGCUUUCUGCGGUUCUUUAGCAAGUGGACAAAACACGACCCAAAGAUCCUGGAAUUCGAUUCUGCCAAUGACAUGUCGACAACGUCUUUGGGGUCGAGUGAGUUUUCGCAAAUUGGCGACGGACAAAGCAAGGCUCCGGUCGACUACCAAUCCAAUUGGCUGGCCCGGUUUCUCCAUAUCAAACCGGCUACGCAAGUACUAUGCUUCCACAUCGGCCGCGGUCGCGCUCGCCAAGAGAUGGUACGACUCCUGCGCGACUGGAAGCGUUUUGGUGUUCGCGAUGUGCGCUUCGACCGGGCAAAAAACACUGUUAGUGCCAGUGUUGGAAAAGAUAACCACCUCAGCAUCCGACCUGUCACAUUCAUGAUAGAGCUAUACACCAUCUUGGAACAUGGCCGCCGCGCACAGCUCUGUGUUGCACGUUUCACCCAAACGAAGGGUGCAGCAAGCAGUUUCAAGAAGAUUGUUGACGUGUUGGCGGACGUGUGCAAUGGACGAGGACUUUUGGUAGAAGAUGAACAGAAGAAGAACGAUAUGAUGGAGGUGUUUGGUAUGUGA